AGUAUGAGGACCUCUCUGCAGAGUAAAGAAACUUCAAGACAAUGCCUGGAGGAAGGAACAAUACAGCAGUCACUAAGUUCAUCCUCUUGGGAUUCUCAGAUUUUCCUGAAUUCAAAAUUACCCUCUUUAUAGUAUUCCUUGGGAUACACCUCUUGACAAUGGCCUGGAACUUGGGUCUUAUCACCCUCAUCAAGAUGGACUCCCAUCUGCACACACCCAUGUAUUUCUUCCUCAACAAACUGGCUUUCUUCGAUAUAUGCUAUGUUUCUUCCACAGCCCCCAAGACGCUCUCAGACUUCUUCCAGGAGCAGAAAUCCAUCUCCUUCAUGGGGUACAUCAUGCAGUACUUCUUCUUUUCUAGCUUCGCCCUGACUGAGUGCUGCCUUCUGGUGACCAUGGCUUAUGAUCGAUAUGCUGCCAUUUGCAGGCCUCUACUUUACACAGCCAUCAUGUCCCCUACCUUCUGUCUGCAGAUGCUCAUAGGAUCUUGCCUAACUGGAUUCUCUGGCUCAUUUAUCCAACUGUGUGCCUUACUUCAGCUCCAUUUCUGUGGACCAAACGUCAUUAACCAUUUCUUCUGUGACCUGCCCCAACUGAUGAUCCUGUCUUGCUCUGAUACCUUUUUCUUAAAAGUUAUCUUCUCUGUGCUCACAGUGAUCUUUGGACUGAUUUCUGUGCUGGUAAUCAUGAUUUCAUAUGGUUAUAUUGUUGUCACCAUUUUGAAGAUCACUUCAGCUGAAAGCAGGUCCAGGGCUUUCAACACCUGUGCUUCUCACCUGACAGCAGUGACCCUCUUCUACAGUUCAGGCACCUUUGUCUAUUUAUGGCCCACCUCUGAUGAUUCUCUUAGCCAAAGCAAGCUUGCUUCUAUUUUAUAUGUUAUGGUCAUUCCCAUGUUAAAUCCAUUGAUCUAUAGUCUCAGAAACAAGGAAAUCAAAGAUGCCCUAAACAGAUGGAAGAAGAGAACUUUCUCCUGA